AUUAUGUUUGUGUAAUUAAUGAUAUAUGGUGGUGUAGUCUUAGUCUCUGGGAUGAGUUUUCUUUCUUUCUCUUGUUUUUAUUUGGUGGGUUUAGUGUCUAAUAUGGUUGUUUCUAAUUAUCUUCUCUGCAUGCAAGUCUUGUUGCUUUUUAAUCUUUUUUUUAAGCUCUUUUUCUGCUUUUCCUUGUUGGGUUUUUCAUAUAUUUUACUUUCUUCUAAGGUUUUUGUGUUUACUUAACCAUGGUUAAGCUGGUUUUUCCUAUAUCUAACGUAUUACUUUUACUAAUGUGCAAAAGUUUUGGUUUUGAUCAUCUGGGGUGCUUAUUAUUCAUAACUGUACUUGUUUACAUGUUGAAAUUACUGUUUUUAUGGAACUUGGGUAUUCAACAAACUUGUCAGAUCAGACUGUAUUUCUAUCUUUUAUGGACUAUACAUGUGCAGUUUCCAUUUAGUAUUUUUAUUCAUUUUAUUUUGCUGUGAUUUAUUAUUUAUAUAUAUUUUCUUAGUUGGAAUAGUAGCUAGAGAGAUCAAGAUUAUUAUAGAUCAAGCAAAGAUGGGUCUGAUUUGUGAUAUUAUUAUUUUUUUUGAAUCACCAUGCAGAAGUAAGUAAGUGGAUGUUUUAUAAGAGGAAAAAUCUGCUAAACUACUCCAAGAGGGCCUGAGAAACGAUGCCAAACCAGCUAUGGUUUGCACUGCUAAUGACUUGGAAGAAUGGAAAGAUUUCCCAAAGGGUCUUAGGGUGCUUGUCCUUGAUCAAGACACCACUUCUGCUACCAAUAUAAGAUCAAAUCUUGAGGCAAUGGAUUAUGUUGUUUCAAUAUUUUGCAAUGAGAGUGAGGCCAUCUCUGCGUUUUCGAGUACACCCGAAAGUUUUCAUCUUGCUAUAGUAGAGGUGAAUACGAGCAACGAAAAUGAGACAUUCAAGUUUCUUGAAACUGCGAAGGAGUUGCCUAUCAUAAUGACUUCGACUGUUCAUUGCUUGAGCACCAUGAUGAAGUGCAUAGCACUUGGUGCAGUUGAAUUCUUGCCAAAACCGCUCUCUGAGGACAAGCUUAGGAAUAUCUGGCAGCACGUUGUUCAUAAGGCAUUUAAUGCAGGAGGUGGUACUCCCCCUGAGCCGCUCAAGCCCGUCAAAGAAUCGAUAGCAUCAAUGCUGCAUCUUAAGCUUGAAAAGGAAGAACCAAAUACUACAAUCUCAAUUGAAGUAGAAAAUUUGUCUGGGAAUAAGGAAAAUAAUCACGAGCAAUCAGCAGGAAGUGAUAAGUAUCCGGCUCCUUCAACCCCACAGCUAAAGCAAGGAGCACGGUUACUUGAUGAUGGAGACUGCCAAGAUCAAACUAAUUGCUCAACUGAGAAAGAGAACGGGGAGCAGGAUGGUGAAUCUAAAUCUGUCGAAACUACAUAUGGCGACUCAGUUGCUGAAGAAGAUACUCUCUUAAUUGGCGAGCCUGAGAUGCAGGCUAAGUCUAUUGUCAAGGAGGAGGAGGAUUCUGUUGAUGGUUCCAAGAAUGAGAGUGAGAGUCACAUGUCUCCUCACUUACAUAAUGAUGAUAGUCCCAACAAUGCUAUAUCUCCUCACUUACAUAAUGUUGAUUGUCCCAACAAUGUUAUAUCUCCUCAUCUUCAUAAUGAUGAUAAUUCCAACAAUGUUAUGUUCCCUCAACUACAUAAUGAUGAUAGUCCCAACAAUGUGAUUGGUGGUGCUAACCAACCAAGCAAAGCUUCUGCUUUGACUAAUUCUUCUAUGUCAAAAUCAAAUAGGAAGAAGAUGAAGGUAGACUGGACACCUGAGCUCCACAAGAAAUUUGUUCAUGCAGUGGAGCAGCUAGGGGUGGAUCAAGCCAUUCCUUCUCGAAUACUCGAACUUAUGAAAGUUGAAGGCUUGACGAGGCACAAUGUAGCUAGCCACCUCCAGAAAUAUCGAAUGCAUAAGAGGCACAUUUUACCCAAGGAAGAAGACCGAAGAUGGCCAAGACCAAGAGAUCCGGUGCAAAAGAAUUAUUAUCCGCAUCAACCUAUCAUGGCCUAUCCUUCAUAUCAUUCUAACCAUGCCGUGCCAGUAGCACCAGUCUAUUCUAUGUGGGGGCAACCGGGAAACCAUCCUGCCAGUGUCCAUAUGUGGGGAUCUCCUGCUUAUCAUACUCCAUGGCAAUCUGCGGAAAGUUGGCAGUGGAAAUCUUUCCCUGGGAUGCAUGCUGAUGCAUGGGGUUGCCCGGUAAUGCCACCACCUCCUCACAGUCCAUAUGCCUCAUAUGCUCCUCAAGUGAAUGUAUCAGGUUUCCACAACACGGGUGCAGUCAAUAAUGUAUGCAGCAUGCCACAGAACACUUUCGACGUUCAACCGGCAGAAGAGGUAAUUGACAAGGUUGUGAAGGAAGCAAUAAGCAAGCCAUGGCUACCUCUUCCUUUGGGGCUCAAACCUCCUUCAACUGAUAGUGUACUAUAUGAGCUCUCAAGGCAAGGCAUCUCAAACAUCCCACCUCAUUUAGGCAACUCAGAUUCAUUAUGCCAUGGCAGAACUUUACAUCAUGAUUAAAUUCCUGAUAAAAAAGGACAGUCCUAGUUGGUAUCAUUCAAUCAAGUUUAUGGUCUUGUUUGGCAACAAUUUUGUCUAGGAAAGAUUAAAUAUAUAAAAUAAGUAAAAGAAGAGUUUUAGGCCUUUAGCUACAUGUUGAGACUUUAUUGAUGAAGACCAGCUCAGCUUGAUAAGGUGCUCUCCCCCACCACUACCAACAACAAGACACUGAAUUUCUAGCCUAGUCAGAGAGAGAGAGAUGUACAAAAUAAAAAGGGAAAAAUGAAUGAGUGAGAUGAUGAACAAUGGUCCAAAAAUUGCAGCAGUUGUACUUGGACAGCUGAGAGUUUGCCACGUAUGUGAAUUUUGUACCACAUAUGACAUGAGAAACAUAUAUGGCUGUAAAUAGAUCCUAACAAGAGUGGUUCCCACUUGGGGGGUUGUAAUUUUUUUAAUGUUUUUUCAAGUUUUGUUUUAGGAGUUAUGAAUUGAAGGAGAUGGGGUUUGAUCUGAUGGGGGCAUGGUGCAACAAUUUAUAGUGUGUUUCUUUGUUUUUCUUUUUGUUGGGUGGGAGCCAAAUUGUGGCAGUAGAAAAAAGCUGCAUGCCUUAAUAAAUGAAGGUACAGUUUCAAUCAUAGACCAUAGAAUAGUGUUUUACCUAGCUGGACUUUGUGAAUAAAUUUGACUUGAGCUUAGUUGAUGCUGA